AUACACACGCGCUUCUGCUGCAGGUGAGAGGCGCGCGCUGGACAGAGGGACCGUCCUCGCGCUGGAAUUUAAAUACCACAUUCCUAGCAUCUCUGCCAGGAUUAUAACUUCAUUGUUGCUCAGCUUUGCAAUUUGCCUUAACGCUGAACGGCACAGUGGCACUGCGGAGAUUUUUUUUUUCGUUCUCUGGUGCAAGUGAGAGAACUAUUAGACGCUGAGUGGACUGGAGAAAUCUUGUGCGCGCGGACACGGCACACGGAGAGGACAGAUCAUUUGCGGCUUACAUCCGUGGCACAAGAAGUUCUGAUAUUUCAGUUUCUUUUCCGUGUGGUCGGAUAUCAUCUGGAGCGGAGAGUUCGCAUCUGGGAAGACUGGAUUUAAAACCUUAUUAAUUGAUUGCGCAAUGGAUUGAAUAUCUGGCUUCGCUGCCUUUAAUGAAAAGACUCGGCGAUGUCAAGUCAUGGCAAAGACGGAGUAGUCUCAGCAAGUAAUUUCUGGCAUGUUUAUUUCAAGCUUAAUAUUGAAUGAAUUCGUUAAGACUUUCUGUCAGUGUUAGGCAUAUUUUUGAGGGACAAAUCAAUGAAAAGGGAAUAGCGUGAGCCUAGUCUGAGAGGGAAGAAAAAACAACAGAUAUGCGCUAUUCUGUCUGAGUUUGGUAACCACAGAGAGGUAACCGGUUGUGAAAACACAUGCAGUGAGAAACAGGCGCUUAAACACAAGCGAGAAGAAGGUGAAAAAGCCCUUAAACAAAAUCAACGUUCAAUUUUGCUGGAAAACCCGCGAGGAGCGAUGAGGACUACAGGCAUUGUGGACUAUUUAAGCUACUGCUUUCUUAUUCUGCAGCUGCUGAGUCAGCCCGCAGCCAAGCAAGUGCUCCGGUACCGCCUGGCUGAGGAGGGUCCUGCCGAUGUCCGGGUGGGUAAUGUAGCCGCGGACCUUGGCAUCACGGCUGGCAUGGAUGUGACUUUUACCUUAGAAUCCGGCUCUGAGUACUUCAAAAUCGAUAACAUGACCGGAGACCUGAGCACGAACGAGCGGCGGAUAGACCGCGAAAAGCUGCCGCAGUGUCAAAUGAUUUUUGAUGAGAACGAGUGUUUCAUAGAUUUCGAAGUGUCCGUGAUAGGACCCGCACAGAGCUGGGUCGAUCUCUUCGAGGGCAAAGUGAUCAUUUUAGACAUAAACGACAACACGCCGUCUUUUCCCUCACCUGUACUCACGCUCUCCGUUGAGGAGAACAGACCCAUUGGCACACUUUACCUCCUGCCCACGGCCACCGACAGAGAUUUCGGUCGGAAUGGAAUUGAGCGCUACGAGUUAAUUCAGGACAACGGCGAGAGCUCUGUCAGACGGAUCGGCACUUCCGGCUCCGGCAGUGUUGACACUCACAUGGGCAAGCGGAGGUUCGACGAGGGGGCGAGUCGUAGCAGCGUCUUUGAACUUCAAGUUGCUGACACCACAGACGGGGAGAAGCAGCCGCAGCUGAUUAUCAAAGGGGCACUGGACAGGGAGCAGCGCGACUCCUAUGAGCUGACUCUGCGUGUUAGAGAUGGGGGCGACCCCCCACGCUCCUCCCAGGCCAUUCUUAGGGUCAUGAUCACAGAUGUAAAUGAUAACACCCCACGCUUCGAAAAGAGUGUUUAUGAGGCAGACCUGCCAGAAAACAGCUCCCCAGGUGCCCCCAUACUCCAGCUAAAAGCGGGUGACACCGACGUUGGCGUGAAUGGACAGAUUGAAUAUGUUUUUGGAGCAGCCACAGAGUCAGUGCGACGACUGCUGCGGCUCGACGAGAGCACUGGCUGGCUCAGUGUUUUGCACAGAAUUGACCGUGAAGACGUGAGCCAGCUUCGCUUCACAGUCAUGGCACGUGAUCGUGGCCAGCCUCCUAAGACUGACAAGGCAACAGUGAUCAUCAACAUCAAAGAUGAAAAUGACAAUGUCCCCAAUAUUGACAUCCGAAAAAUAGGACGCAUAUUCCUCAAAGACGGUGUGGCUAAUGUGGCAGAGGAUGUGAUUGUCGAUACACCCAUCGCUCUGGUCCAAGUGUCAGACCGAGAUAAAGGGCCGAACGGUAUAGUGACGUGCACCGUAGUGGGAGAUGUUCCGUUUCAGCUCAAACCCGCUAGUGAGGUUGAGGGUGAAAUGAACAAAAAGAAGUACUUUCUCCAUACGUCAGCACCACUUGAUUAUGAGGCAGUGCAGGAGUAUAACGUGGUCAUUGUUGCUGUUGACUCUGGGAGCCCUAGCCUCUCUAGCAACAAUUCACUGAUAGUAAAAGUGGGGGACAUGAAUGACAAUCCACCAGUUUUUAGCAAAAGCACAGUGGAAGUUUCAUUUCCUGAAAACAAUGCUCCCGGCGAGCGUGUCGUCACCGUAGUGGCCUUAGAUGCAGACAGCGGCAAAAACGCAGAAAUCUCGUACUCCCUGGACUCCUCUGUGAACGGGAUAUUUUCCAUUGAUGCAGACACUGGUGACAUCCGUGUCAACACUAUACUUGACAGGGAGCAGACGGAGCGAUAUGAGUUCAAAGUUAUCGCCAAAGACAAAGGCAUGCCUGUUCUGCAGGGCUCAGCCACUGUGGUCGUCCUGGUGGCGGAUAAAAAUGACAAUGAGCCAAAGUUCAUGCAGGAUGUGUUCACUUUCUAUAUACAGGAAAACCUGCAACCCAACAGCCCUGUUGGCAUGAUAACAGUCAUGGAUGCUGACAAAGGACAAAAUGCAGACAUGAGUCUAUACAUUGAGCAACAGGAAGAUAUCUUUUCCAUUGACAACAACACUGGUACCAUCUUCUCAAACGUGGCUUUCGACCGUGAGCAAAAAAACAAUUAUUCAUUCCGUGUCAAAGCCGUUGAUGGAGGCGAUCCGCCCCGGUCAGCUACGGCCACGGUGUCUCUCUCUGUAAUGGAUGUAAAUGAUAAUCCCCCCACAGUUACUUUUCCAAUGAAUAGCUCAUACACGCUGCUUCCUCCUUCUAGCAACAUAAGGACGGUGGUCAGGACUGUCUCAGCUACUGAUACCGACACAGGUAUUAAUGCUAACCUCAGCUACAGAAUUGUGGGAGGCAAUCCCUUUAAGUUGUUCGAAAUUAAUGAAUGGAACGGAGUGAUCUUGUUAGUUGGCAAGCUGGAGCAAAAACACUUUGGCCUUCAUCGGCUGGUUGUGCAAGUGAACGACAGCGGGGUUCCGUCGCAAAGCACCACCACACUGGUCCAUAUCUACGUUAACGAAACGCUGUCCAACUCCACUAUCGUAGAGGCGCAAGUUGCCAGAAGUCUUGGUACCCCGCUCAAUGCUGACAUUGCAGGAGACCCCAACUAUGACCUAGGAAAGCAACGGCUGAGCAUCGCCAUAGGAGUUAUAUCAGGCAUCAUGACGGUGAUUCUUAUCAUCCUGGUGGUCGUCAUGGCCCGCUAUUGCCGUCCAAAGAACAAGAAUGGCUAUGAGGCUGGAAAGAAAGACCAUGAGGACUUCUUCACUCCUCAGCAACACGAUAAAGGCAAGAAACCCAAGAAAGACAAGAAUAAGAAAAAGUCUAAACAGCCUUUAUACAGCAGCAUCGUCACCGUCGAGGCAUCCAAGCCGAAUGGGCAGCGCUACGAUGGCGUUAACGAGAAACUGUCGGACAGUCCGGGAAUGGGCCGCUAUCGGUCCGUCAACGGUGGCCCCGGAAGCCCAGAUCUCGCCCGCCAUUACAAAUCCAGCUCACCCUUGCCCACAGUUCAGCUGCACCCUCAGUCGCCAACGGCAGGAAAAAAGCACCAGGCUGUUCAGGACCUGCCGCCGGCCAACACGUUUGUCGGCACUGGAGAUAACAUAUCCAUCGGAUCAGACCACUGUUCUGAGUACAGUAGCCAAACCAUCAACAAGUACAACAAACAGCCGUUCCGCCGAGUGACCUUCUCGGUGGUGAGCCAGCCACAGGACCCGCACCAGGGCUCGCUGCAGAGCUGCUACGACAGUGGCCUGGAGGAGUCGGAGACGCCCAGCAGCAAGAGCUCGUCCGGCCCCAGACUAGGUGCCCUCCCUCUACCCGAAGACGCCUAUGAGAGGACUACGCCCGAUGGCAGUGUCGGUGAGGCAGAGCAUAUGGAAAAUGACUCUCGGCCCCUGCCUGACGUAGCUAUGACGGGUAAAUGCACGCGGGAGUGUGACGAAUAUGGCCACUCGGAUGCCUGCUGGAUGCCUGUGCGCACCUCGCCUGAACGUAGGCCCAAGGCCACCCCACCUAAACUCUCCACCUUCAUGACCUCCCCCGGGGGCAGCGUUGCCGAACAGCCCGGCAGCCAGGAGACGCUAGCUGUUGCCAACGGGGACCCCUCGCACCUGCUGGGCGACCGUAACCGCAAUCUCCUUAACAAGAAGAUGGCCUCCUCCUCCUCAUCCUACGACGCGUUUAGUUCAGCUGGAUUUUCCGCCAGCGAGGAAACAUCUCGCCCCACCGAGGAGAUUCCGCUAGCGCCCACGGGUGAAUACAAGCCGACGCAAUGCGGAACUCUCACCAGGCGGGAAGUUUACCUGUAAACGACCCACAGCGACUGCGAGGGACGAUGACAGUGACUCAGCAUGGUCAGAGAUGCUGUUCGCAAACCAAACCCUAAAACAAAAGCAACAUGGAUUUUCCUCAAACUGCUCGCGCAACUAGUGUGGCGCUACUUUUGAACCUAACUAGCCGUCUGAGUAAAAACCGUGGAAUUACAUGUUGUAAAUGUGCGUGUGAAGGAUGAGACGGAGGAGGGGGAAGUGGCCAAGGUGGAGAGAAGGGAAUGUAGGUGGAUCACUGCUACUUUGCUGCUAGCGUAUCGGGCCCCGUAGACUUCCCCAAAGUGCUGCCUGGUUUCUGUAGACCUCUUUCUAAACAUGCAUGCAUAAUCUAGCCCCUUAAGAGUGUGUGCCCCUUGAGACAGACCUGGACUAUACCUUUUGUCUUUGUUUUUAUAACUGAUCGUGAACCGACAAGACUGGUUGUGUCUUUUAAUCCGUUUUUUUUUUGUUUUGUUUUUUGUUUUUUGUUUUUUUUGGGGGGGGAGGGGGGUUGGGGGCAGUGUUUUUAUGUGGAUGUAUUAUGUCCAUAUGCAAUCAGUCGAAGUACUGAACUGUCCAGACAAACAAUCACAUCGACGAAGAAGAAGAAAAAAAUACAGGCUAAUGAUGGACGAAAAUCAUCGUACGAUCAUCGGUGAUGGCAUAACCACAUGAUGUCGGAGCACUUCGUACGUCGUCAUUGACUUUAGCCUUUACAAGGGUUUGUAGAUACUCAAAUGGCGCAAGUGAACGGCGUGCGCGCUGUGAACUUACAGCGCAAGAAGCAAGUUUACCUGUGUGCCUAUCAACUUUAUGUACACGUGAAGGAACACAAGCAUACACUAAUGCACGUUUUUUGUCGUGUGGGUGAAGUAUUGUACAUAUAUAUACAUAUAUAUAUAUAUAUAAUCUGUAAACAUACUCUGGACACACGCAUUGAAAUCACAAGCGACCCGUUUUCAUCCCGCUCCCAUGCACCUUUGGAGUAGAGGGAGGUUCUUUAUGUCUCAAAGCUUGUCAGUUAUUUGCCUGAAUGCCCAUGGGUUUGUGUAAUUGUGGUUCAUCCUUCUAGAUGUGUGAAACUAUGCUAAAAUGUUGUGGUCUCAAGAUGGCCUGCCGCACACACUUGCAAACACAUACACACAUUUGAUUUGCACAUUGUACAUACACAUUAUAAUUAUCCCAUAAAGCCACAGGAACACUAUUUGGAUAUGCUGCUGGGGUGAAUUAGUUUAAUAAUAUUGCCCUGCCGAAGAGCUUGGGCUGGCCCUGUGUAACAUUCCUAGUAUGAAUGUUAAAUAGAGCAAUAAACUCAUUCAACAGAUUCACUCUCAAUCUCACACACUUCAGAAGAGUAAUCAAGGAUGAGAACUCGUGUCCCUCGUGUAGCAGUCAGAGUGAACCGACUACUUGUACAAUCACAUUCAGAGUUCGGCUACUACAGGCACGAUAGGAGCGAUCACAAUGCGGCACACGAUGCCGCUGUAAAACCAAAGUAUCGGGAACAACAUGACGUGAUGUCUCAAAGAACUGGGACAGGAAAGCUCCUUUUUAGGUCACAUGUUGCUUUAAUUACCUUCACAUAUGUUUCAGUGCAACGUGGGGAAACCACGUGCGCACGUAUACAUGCAUCGUGGGCCUAUCCCGAAACCAUUUGCAAGAGGAGGAGUAUACUUCGGAGGCAUCGUGCUUUUAAAAAAGGUGGUAAAUUAUUCAGAUGCAAUUGAUUUUUUGGUUUCGUUUUGUUUUUUUGUAUGUUAAUGAUUCCUUGAGUUUGAACGGACUGCCUUUUUUUGCAGCUUCCAGAUCUGUAGUCUGUACGUACUACUCGUGUUUAAAAGAAGUGCUCUGAUGCUUACAAACUGUAUACAUAGAUAUGUACUUUUUUAUUGCACGUUUAAAGGGAAUCUACACUUACUACGAAGAAGAAAAAAAAAAAAGUGUACAAAUAUCAUACCCUGUGAACAUGGAAGUCCACUGCUUGCGUUUGUUACGAACAGACACUAGACAUUGUAGUAUGACUAUGUAUAUUGAUUUGACGAGGAUGAAAAAGAAUCAUACGCAUUCGUGAUUCACUGAUUUGUUUAGCACCAUAUCAUCCGUUGCUUAUUUAUCUGAUUUAUUUAUAACUUUAUUUCACAGCAGAUGUGCUUUUAUCCAUUGGUUCUGUAAUGUUUAUAUUCUUUUCACAGAAAAGUACCUUCAUUAUGUAGAAAAUGAGUUGUGAAACUUGAUUCCAAAACAAUUCAAAGGAGUCUCGAGUACCUCACAACUUUUGUUUUUCAAACAUACGCUCGUAAUGAUGCCCUCUUCAGAUCUCAUCAGUCAUAUCUUUCCCUUUCCUUCCCAGUGCCACUUUGUAUAUGUAGUGCUUCUGUAAAAAAGAAAAGAAAACAGAAAAAAAAAAAUCAAAACAAAACUAUAGAGUGAAUGCAAAAUAUGCAACUGUGCCUUUUUAUACCUUUAUUGGUAUGACUCGUUGGUUUUAACCAGUAUGAAACCAAUUGUACUGAGAUGCUUUCUAAAAGUGGAGGAAGAGUACUUUAUGCUGAACCUACAGUCCUGGCAAUUUUACUAUGAUAGACUUUCAAAUAACAAAAGCUUUUAUCUUGUGGCUUCUUUAAGUAAGCUCAGUCGAACUUUGUCAAGUAUAUUGAUGAGUACCAACUGUACAUGUCAUAGGUGAUACCCUGGUAUAUCCAUCCAUUUCAAAGUUAGCAUGGUCACAUGUCCAAACUGUGAUUUUUACAGCAAGGAGAACUUUAGUCGCGAACGCGACAGUUCGGAAAGAAUCGGUUUGCGAUUUGGGGCACAGCAAAAAAAAAAAAAAAAAAAAAAAAAAAAAAAAAAGAGAAGACGCUGUGUCCUUUAGGGGUGAAGCAAACACGCUUUGAGACUCUCUGCAGUUUUCAUGAUACGAGAAGGCAGACGAAACACAAAGCUCCAAAGGUUUGUGAAUGGGACACACACCUCAGAGGACUAUAGAGUAGAUAUAUAUCAGCCGAUUAGAUACAGUAGGAGUAUACGGCAGUUGCUAUAUCUAAAAAAAAAGAAAAAAGAAAGAAACCGAGGAGAUCGACACCUACAUCUACUGUACAUGCCUGGAAAACGUCUGCACCUUAAUCUUAAAAGACAUCUGACUUUGUUGUUGACGUGCUGAAAUCGCUUUUGUUUAAUCGUCGUUUGCACUCUGAGGUGUGUGUUCCUUAAGCUUUCAACUUAGAAGAUAUAAGACUUAAGUUGUAGCACUUAGGUCAUAGGACACAUCACAGGUAAUGAAAAAAGAAAUUGUAAUUUUAAUCAUACUCUAUUUGUCCUUUGACUUGGAUGUUGAUGUAGAAUUGAGGAUUGAUUUUAAUCAUUGUUUUAUUAGGAGUCACUAUGCACGCAGCUUAGCUGAACAUGGCAAAUGUACUGAGCGCAAGCCCACCUCUAUUUAUGAUCUAUUUUACAUAAUUUUUGCUUUUGUACAGGUAUUUCUGUAAAUAAAUUGCUUGUCAUUUUUGUCUCUGCAGAAAUUAAAAUAUA